AUGCUCGGCGCCGUCCGCCUCGCCGCGCCGUGGCUGGGGCAGAUCGGCGCAGCCUGGCUGGCGCGGCCGCCGGCGUGCCCAGCUUGCCCGGCGUGCCCAGCGGUCGACGCCCGCUGCGAGCCGCGCUGCGGGGCUUGCCCGUCCAGCCCGGCCUGCCCGGCCUGCCCGGCGCUGACCUGCGGCGCCUCGCCGGAGCUGUCGUGCCCGGCGUGCCCGGUGGCCCCGCACGCGGCGGCCGAGCCGGAGGCAGCUGGGCCCUGCCCCUCGCCCGCCUCGGCAGAGUGCCGGGGCUUCGGGGCCGGGUUCGCCCUUGGCCUGCUCGCCGGCGCGCUCCUGGCGGUGGUGGCGGUGGUGGCCCUGCAGGCGCUGCGGCGGCUCGCGGGCUACGCGCGCGCGUUGCUGCGCUCGGGGCGUGACCUCGAGAUCGACGACCUGGGCGAGGAGGCCCGCGCACAGGUGAAGGUGCUGCGCCAGCCCCACUGCUCGCUCGCCGCCGCGGGCGUCGCCGUCGGGGACUUCCUCGGCAUCCAGUACAACGUUGGUGGGAGGGCGCUCGUGCACGAGCGCGUCGUGGUCGCCCUGGACCCCGGCACCCCCGGCACGGCGGCGAUCGUCACGGUCGACGGCGAGGAGUACGACGAGCAGGUGGUCGGCAACGCGGACGUGCUCCACCUGGGACCUGCUGCCCGGUAUUAUCGCUUCAGGGCGAUCCCCACGGUCGCGGCGCUCACCGCUGCCGCCGGCCGCGCCUGCGCCCGCCUGGGCCUCGCGGCGCCCGCUGGCCCCGUGGUGCCCAACGUCGCUGGGCUUGCCCCCGCCGUGGCAGCCCCAGCGGCGGCGCCUGCGGGCGCCCUAGCGCUGCCGGCGGGCGGUGCGCCAGGCCCGGAGGGCGGCGGGGUGGCCGCGCUCGUGGCUGCGCUCGGAGGUCCUGCCGGCGGCGCUGCUGGUGGCGCGCUCGCCCCUGCGCCAGCUCCAGUCGCUGCUGCAGCCGCGCCGGCGGCUCUUGUCGCAGGGGGGCCCCCGUGCCGCCCGCUGGGCUCGGCAUGCUGGCCCCUGCAUGGGCCUGCCGAGCCUGCCGUGGCCGCCGCCCCCGGCGUCGCGCCGCCUGCCGCAGUGCCAGCGCCCGCGGGCGUGCCGGCUGGCGGCGCCCAGGCCGGCCCUGGCGGCGACGCCCGCAUCUUCGCCGUCGUGAGGGACUUGCGAGGAGUGCGGCGUGCCGACUUCCGGGUCAUGGUCUCCCAGAUGGUCGAGUUCCCCUGGCCUGACUGGCCAGUGCGCGGACCGCGCGCGCUGCUGUGGGUGCUGCAGUACAUUGCCCAGAGGUCGGGGACCCCGACGGCCCACCACCAGCGGUGGCUAGCAGAGACGGGGCUCGACCCUGAGUCGCCGGGGGUGGACAUCCACCAGAUGGGGUGCAUGGCGCUGGAGUCGGCAGUGACCUACGACCAGGAGCACGCCACGAACCUGGCCCACCUCGAGCUCGCGGCCCGCUCAGUGCAGGCGCAGGAGGAGCGCUACCGCCAGCUGGCCACCCCGGGUGAUGCCGGCGCGGCGGACCGCGCGGUCAUGAUGGGGUCGCAGGAGCUCGACGGGGCGGUGCGCGUCUGCCCGGACCUGCGCGACCACCUCGCGCAGGAGCUGCGGCGGGAGAUGGCGGUGGCGAAGGAGAGGCGCAAGGCGCGAGAGGUGCGCGCCCUCGCCGGGGGCGUGCCCGGCCAGCCUGAGCCCGCCAACAUCGCGGGCUUCUCCCCUGGCGGCGCUGGGCGCCGGCGGCAGGACGACGGCCGGCAGCGGGGCAUCUUUCCGCUACCGCCGCUGGCUGCUGCUGAUGCGGUGCCCCACGUGUCAGGGGCUCGGCGGCGGGCGCGGGCCGGCCAUGCCCUCGCGCACGCGCUGGACCGUGCCAAUGCUGCCGUGCAUGCUCUGAAUGACCUCUACGGCGACCAGUCCUCGCCCGCGCCGACGCCGUCUGCCGGGCAGCGCUGCGCCGCCGCCCACAUUCGGGACUCGGUCGCUGCUCUGGGCCCUGAGCCACCUGAGUAUCGUGACGACGUCUCCGACAACAACGGGGCCCUGCGGGAGCUCCUUGCUGGGUCCGCGCUGUACCCUGACGGCGGCGGGCCCACCACUCCUUGCGUGCCAGACCUCGUCUCCUGGCCAGAUGUGUCGCAGCCGCCCGCCCCGCUCCUUGGGCUGCUGGGCGAGCGUGACUCAGCCGCGCUGCGGGAGUGGAGGUGCCAAAUGCUCCGCGAGCCCGAGGAGGCGCGGCAGCUGCGGGCGGAGGCCUGCCCGCACGGUCCGUACACGGACCCUGCGCUGCUGCGCUCGCUGCCCGACUACGCCGCCUUCCUCAGCGCCAUGAUGGAGCGCAGCAUGCUGACGUUUGCCCCGGCGCGAGGGCGCCGAGGCAACAUGGGGAUUUUCUUUGUGCCAAAGAAGAGUGGUCGUCUGAGGGUCAUCUUCGACACGCGGCUCGCCAACUGCGCGUUCGUCGAUGCGCCUCGCACCCAGCUGCCGUCUGCGUCCGCCUGGGGGCGGCUCGAGACGGGCGACGUGCGGGUGUCCAUCGCCUCGGCGGACCUGGACGUGGCCUUCUACCACAUGCGGGUCCCGGACGGGAUGGAGGAGUUCUUCGUGCUGCCGCCCAUCCCUGCCAAGCAUCUCGCUCCGUACGGGGUCGCUGUGGACGGGGUGGAGGGCGAGGCGCUCCUGCUGCCCCAGGUGGUGGUGCUGCCGAUGGGCUUCAGCUGGGCCUUGCACCUCUGCCAGACGGUGCUGGAGGCAUCGCUGGGCCGCGCUGGUUUCCCUCAGAGUGACCUCGUCCUUGACGGCCGCUGCGGCUGCCAGCUCACGAGCGACCUGGGCUCGGUCGCGGGCGCCGGCUACGUGGGCAACUACUUCGUCCUCGGCGGCUCUCCAAAGACUGUGAGCGAGCGGCUGCAGGCCAUCACCGACGACCUGACGCGCCACGGGCUCACCGUGCACGAGCUCGAGGCGCCCUCCCAGGAUCGCGACUUUCUGGGGCCAUCGCUGCGCGAGGGGCGCUGGCUGAGCCUCAAGACGCGCAACAUCUGGCGGUUGCGCGCGGCCAUUCGCGCCACGCUCAGGAGGCAGGUCAUCGGCGGCUUCCUGCUGCGCGUUCUGACCGGCCACAUCGCCAGGGCGCUGCUGUUGCGCAGAGAGUUGCUGUGCAUCCUCGGGGCCACCUACGCCUACGUCGAGGCCACUGGGCCAGUCGCGUCGCCGCUCUGGCCCGCGGUCCGUCAUGAGCUCCAGCUAGUCCACGACCUGCUGCCGCUCUGUACUGUUGACCUAGGUGCCCCGUGGCACGGGCGAGUUGCUUGCACAGACGCCUCGCCAUUUGGGCUGGGCGUCGUUGCUCGUCGCGCCCCAAAGGACCGUGUGGGCACCAUUGGGAGAGUCGCUGAAAAGUGCUGGUACAAGGUCGAGGGAGGUGCGCAGGCAAGGCGUAGGACGAUCGGGAUCAACGGUGAUAACUCGUCCGAGCAGUUCGGGGGCCUCGAGGGCGACUUCGGGGUGAGUACUCAGCCCGUCAGGGAUGGCAUCACCGAGGGCCUGCCGCUCGAGGGCGUCUUGGGUGAGGCCUCUGAGGGCCUGGUCGAGCUGCAGCUCCCGAGGGCCCCUGGGGACACCUACGAGUCGAUCAUGGACAUGAGGCCCGUCGUGGACUUCGACGAG